CUCACUAGGUGGCGACUGUCUGACAGUCACCGGGAUCAGGUUGAUCUGGCGACUUGUGCUAAGUUUUAUCUUUUACCACAUGUUGAUUAAUUAAAUAGGAAUACAAUAUUGUGACCGAAAUCAUUAUUUAGAACUACUGUUGCUCGUUUCCUAAUUCAGCCAACGCAAAAAUUCCAUAAGGGUGAUUUCCUGCGUAAAGACAACGGAGUUACGUCACGCACCAGCAAGAUAUCGUGUGUCGAGCAGACCGUGUUCCCCCGUACGUCUCCUCGAAUACAAAGUGUUCCUGCUUUCUUUGCUUACACUUUACUCUUGUGUUUGUCAAAAUCCGAAAGUCACGCACGCGCUAGACUUUCGCAAACGAGUGUUUAGAUAACUGUAGCAUUGGCGCAUAACCUAUAAACGAUCGUGACUCGAAAAGCGAUCGUGAAUGUUGGUAGUUGUUGCAGCUAGUAUCUUCUGUCAAUCAUUUUGGGGUCGAAAAAGAUUUGAAAUUGAAAUUUUCAAUAUCUAACGAGAAGUUUGUGGAAAAAAAUCCUCUAUAUUUCCCUGCGUUGGGAUAUUCAAUCGAAAAUAUUUUUUAACGUUAAGUAGUCACCGGGAAAUUAGUCAAAAUUCCGGUCCCCACUAGGAAACGAGAAGGUCCGCAACAAACCGGCGGCAGAAAUCCAUCAACCACUGGCGAAGAAUCCUCGUCGAGUGGCAAAAUGAAUAGCAAAAGAAAAAACCGUUCAAAUACAAACAGAUCACCACGUGCCCGUGGUCCACAAGAAAGAUGUGUUGCUGCUGAAGGUGUAUACAAUAAUGCCCAUUUCAUGCAUGCAAUAACCAGUCAUGUUGGCAAUAUUGUACAGGUAAUUCAAACAUUGAAUGGAUCAAUAUAUGAAGGUAUUUUUCGCACUUUCUCAAGUCAGUUUGAUGUUGUCUUAGAAAUGGCUCAUCGUGUAGAAGGUUCAGGAAAAAUUAGCGUGGAAAGUGUAGUAGAAAAAUUAAUUUUUAAACCACAAGAUAUUAUUACUAUGUCUGCCAAGGAUGUUGAUUUAGAUUAUGCUAUACGUGAUACAUUUAGAACAGAUACUGUUAUUAGUAAAUAUAAUGGUUUAAUUGGUGAGAAAGAAUUAGAACCUUGGGAUGCUCCUCCUGCUACUAUGAAUGGAGAUGACUUAAAAUUAGAUGGUACAACAAAUGGAUGGGAUGCUGAUGAUAUGUUUCGCAAAAAUGAACAAAAAUAUGGAGUUCAAACAACAUAUGAACCAACUUUAGCUGCUUAUACAUUACCACUUCAAAGAAAAGAUACAAAAGAUUAUAAAGAACAAGAACAAAAAGCUGCAGAAAUUGCAAAUGAAAUAGAAUCACAACCAAAUUAUAAAGCUAGAUUAGAACUUGAAAAUGGAGAUGAGGAAGAAAGAUUUGCAGCUGUGGUGAGACCCACCGAAGGUAAAUAUAUUCCACCUCCAUUGAAAAAGAAAAAUGGAAAUAGCGCAAAGUUGAUGAGAUCUAGUGACCCUCCACCUUCACCAGGAUCCGCAACCGCCAAUAAAAAUGUUUUUAAUCAACAAUCUCCGUCCAAUGUAAAUGUGAACAUUCCUCCAACUUCGAAUCUUCCUAUUGGAAUGCAAAAUACACAUCCUUCGGUGCAACACUCGGUAUCGUUAAAUAUGGGAAUGCCACCUAGUGGAGUAGUGGUUACAUAUAAUAAUCCUCCACCACCAUUUGUGCCUCCACCAACUACACAACCACCACCACCAGUACCUGUAAUUCAACAAUCACAACCACAAUCUCAAACAACUUCUGCUGUGUCACAAGUUACUUUUCCACCACAACAACAACAACAAUCAUCAUCAUCCAAAAUAAAUACGGAAAAACGUGAUCGUCCUGGUAGACAACAAGUGUAUCAAGCCGAUAAAGCACCACCAGCACCAUUUCCACAAACGAAUGUUACUACUUCUCACCAGCAGCAAUCAUCACAUCAACAACAUGGUCAAUUACAGCAGCAAAAUUCGGUCGAGGGACAACGAUGUGAGAUAGUUUCACAUAAAUCAGAUCACAGAAAGGUUCCAACGCCACGUAGUAGAGAAGAACAACAUUCAGAAUUGAGGCAAUUUGCUUCAGAUUUCAAGUUAGCAGAAACACCAGCACAAGAUACAACGCCAGUUACCAGAAAGCAGCAGCAACAUCAACAUCAACAUCAACAGGAUGCUCAUUCGUCGCCACAAAUUACUCAGACGCAUCAUCAAUCAUCUCAUCAACAUACAACAUCCCAACAGUCACAGCAACAACCGCAACAAUUACAACAACAUCCAAAUCCUCCACAGCAACAGCAACAACAACAAUCACAUCAAAAUCAAACUGUUUCAGAAGAAACUGUGGUUACUAGUAAACCACCACCAGGUCCAUUACCUUUGCGACCUACAAGCCCUUCUCAAUCACAACAACAAACUUCUACAAAUACACCUACUGUAUCUCAAGCUUCACAAGAAGCUACAGUUGAUAAAAUUACGACGGCUUUCAAAAAAUCAACGUUAAAUCCAAAUGCUAAAGAAUUUAAUCCAAAUACUAAACCGUUUACACCGCGAUCUCCAAGUACACCAACACCAAGUAGACCACAUACUCCACAAACACCUCAAUAUACUGGAGCAACAAUGCCUGCUACUGUAGUUAUGCCAGCAUAUGUAAUGACUAGCCAACCACCAACUGCGUUCAGUCAGCCACCAGCUCAACCUGUGACAAGGUUCCGGAAGGGUCAGUAUCUAGUACCAGUAAUGCAUGCACAACAUCGUGCACAAGAUAUAGCUUCUCAGAUGCAAGUAGUAGCGGCAACUGGACAGCCUUUAAUGGCACCAGCCCCUCUACAUCCACCAUUCCAGGUGCCUUAUCCUGGUCAACCAGCAUAUCAACAGAUGGUACGCAUGGUUCAGGCACCACCACCACCGCCACAUAUGGCAACACCUUAUCAUCAUCAUGACUCACCAGGACCGCAAGCCCCUGGUAUUCAAUAUAUGGGUCCACAUACACAUCCACAUCCUCAUGUUGCUCAACAACCACCAAGUCAAACUCCUUCUCCAGCUAAUCCUAAUCCACCACAUACACCAGGCACUUAUAAUCCUCCUGGUACUCCACAACCCACAUAUCCUCCACCACCUCCUCAAGGUCAUGCUCCGAGUUAUCCAAUAAUGUGUCCUAUAAUUCCUCCUCAUAUACCGAUACCACCGCAGCAUAUGCAAUACCUACCACCGCAACCACCUCCAGGAGCGCAGCAAACUAUACCAGUGAUUUUACCGCACAAUCAGUAGCUGCAAUCAGAAAUGGAUGAAGAAAGAGAAAACUACUAGUAUUCUGCAGAGGUAGAAUAAAGUUUAUAAAUUUAAGUUACUUUCAUGAUGGCAUUAAGCACUUAAAAUCAUUUCCUUGCUUAUCAUAUGAAUAAUAUUUAUAAGCAAUCUUAUAUGUAUCUUAUUUCUUUCUUUCUGUCAUAAAACUUAUAUAUUUUUUCUUUUCUUUAUAACAGUAUCAUUCCAAAUAAAAUAGUAUGUUUUUCAUUUAAUUCAAAUAAUAAUUAGUAACUAAAAAAAAACUAAUAAAAUUAUAGUAAUAUAAAAUGAAGUGCUGAUCAUCUUGAAAGUGACUGAAGUGGGUUAGUGAUUUACAAAGACCCACAACAAUAUUUAGUCCCUCAAGUUGUAUUUAAAUCUUAAUCAUAUGAGACAGAUUUCAGUAUGCAAUUUAUUACACUGUUAUGUUAGUAAUUUAAAUGUUACAACAAAAAACAAACAUCUUUAAGAUUAAUUUAUAGACAUAUGAAAUGUAAAAAGAAAAUUGGCGAACAAACAUUCUUCAAAAUUGUAUUGAUAGGUGGUGCCUAUGCAAUAUAUAUUAGGAAAUGAAAGAAAUGAGGGACUGUGAUUACAAAAAUACUGCAAGAAAUAUUAAAAUUAAAGAAAUUUUACUUUUGAUUAUUAUAGCUCGCACUACUUUAUAAACAAUUAUUAAGCCAAAAUUCAACCUAUAAGGUUGACAUAAAGAGCUAUCCAAUAGUCUAAUGAUAUAUGUAUCUUCAAACUUUUUUGGGUACUCAAAAAUGGAUUAAUAAUGAACAUCACACAAGUAAAAACUUUUUUUUACACAAAGUAAUUAUUGGAAUAAUGUAAAAAAUAGAGCAUAUGAUAUAUUUUUCUGCUCGCGCUUUCAUAUUUGAUAUCUCACUGCAGUGAACAGGAAGCACGGGAACAGGUCGAUCUAACUCUUCGAAAUUUCAUCGAAUUGCGUUUAAUUAUAUAAAAAUGAAUGACAUGAUAUCAAAAUAAUUCAAAUCAAGUUCAAAAUUUUGCAAUUUGUUGAUGAUGGAUUUUGUUAUGAGAUGCUAAUACAUAAGGUCCUCAAAGCAAAGAGUAAGUCAAAUUAGAAAAAA